ACUGAUUCUCACAAUUUUUUUCCACGCUCUCCCUCCUCUCCUCUCUUCUACUCCCCUUCGUCUCAUCUCAUUCCUCCACUCCUCAACUCAUCCACCACAACGAUGAUCGCCUCAUUCCUCAUCCGCUCUACUCAGUCCAAGGCGCGCGUUGCCACCAAGCUGGCCUCGCCAAUUGCUGGUCUCCGCUUCAAGUCCACAGGUUCAAAGGUCAAGAGAAUCGGCUUUAUUGGCCUGGGUAACAUGGGUCUGCCUAUGGCUACCAAUCUCUAUAAUGGUUUCAAGGACCAGGCCGACUUUAUCAUCUAUGACAUCAACCAAAAGACCACCUCAACCUUCUUGAAGGACCACAACACCGAUCCCAACAACAAGGACAAGGUCAAGGUCGCCAAGAGCCCACUGGAGGUCGCACAGGAAGCCACUAUUAUUGUCACCAUGCUGCCUGCCUCACAGCACGUCGAGGGUGUCUACUUUGGAAAGGAUGGUCUUCUGGAGGGUCUGGGUGAGAAGCACCUCGUUAUGGAUGCCUCUACUAUUGAUCAGUCCAUGGCUACACGCGUUGCUAAGGUCUUGCACGAGAAGGGUGCCAGGGCCAUUGAUGCUCCUGUUUCUGGAGGCACUGGAGGAGCACAGGCUGGAACUCUUACAUUCAUGGUUGGGUCGCGUACCAAUGAGGACUUUGAGACCGCCAAGCCCUACCUUGAGAAGAUGGGCAAGAACAUCGUCUACUGCGGUACCAACGGCAACGGACAGGUCGCCAAGAUCUGCAACAACAUGCUUCUCGGCAUUUCCAUGAUUGCUACCUCAGAAACUAUGAACCUGGGUGUCCGCAUGGGUAUGGAUCCUAAACUCCUUGCUGGUAUCCUCAACACCUCGAGUGGUCGCUGCUGGAGCAGUGAAGUCUACAACCCCUGCCCAGGUGUUCAGGAGAACUCAGCAGCGACGCGUGGAUACACUGGUGGAUUCGGUAUGCCCUUGAUGGCCAAGGAUCUCCGUUUGGCUGUCAAUGCUGCUGUCGAGACAAAGUCUACGGUCCUGCUCGGUGCCCUUGCGCAGCAGCUCUACAACCAGAUGGCAGCCAACAAGGAAUAUGAGCAUCUCGACUUCAGCGCUGCCUACAAGUGGUUGUCCGAGAACGCCAAAUAGAUGCCAUGUAGCAAAACCAUUGAACCUUAACAUAGACCAAGUCACAAUCAAAAUAAAAAACAUGAAGGCA